GUCCGAUUUUAGUCUGUGUUUCAUUCUUCAUCGUUUAAGGGCAUCGGAAGCGGAUUUGCCUGCAAAUUGUAAACAAAUCACAAAAAAACUGUUAAAUUCAUUCAAAUCAUUGACAAUUGACAGUUGUAGACGUGGGUUAUGUCAUAUUCCAAUAUUUUUCGUGACUACAUCAGUUAAUAAACGAGUUUAUCGAGUCGUAGGAAGCAGUUCAAUGAUUUCGGAAUAGUUUGAUUAAUACAAAAAUAUAAAAAUGAUGGAAGUAAGCCAGAAAAUGGAUCUGAAGGAACUCUCCACAGAGGGCGCUUUAAUGCGAACUCUGUCAUCAGACCUCGCCAGUGAAGUAGAACCCCUCUCCACCCCUGCAAUGGUCAACGAAUCGAGCCGAACGUCCGGGGAUGAAGAUGACCUAUGUGAGUUGCCCAAUGGAGUCGAUAACUCCGAUAGCAAAUCGAUAAGUCGAUCGGAACAGGAACGCAAUGCGGGAAGUGAUUUGGAUGCCCUGCUGGACAAGAUUAGCUCCAUUGUAGACUCUAGUCCCAGGAAUUCCGAUGAUCUGGAGGCAUUCGAUAAGAACGAUGAAAGCGACUCUGCGUCAACGAAGGAGAAACAACCAGCUGCUGAGACGGAUGAAAAGCAGGCUGAGCAAAAAGAAGAAGAGGUAGAAGAAGGAGAGGUAUCGGAAUCAAUAGAAAGUAAAGUGCGCGUGGAGCCGGAUUCCGAGCUUGAGACUGAGGAGAAAGCCAAAGUGGAGAGCAUCGAAGAAUCCACUCCAGCUAAAGAAUCCACAGAGCAAAUCGCUGAUUUGGCUGAGCUGGACGAAGAAAGCAUUGGAAAAGUAACAGACGGCAAAGAGAAAUCGGAAGAAAAAGAAGAGGCCAAACCACAUGCUGUGAAUAACGAUGAAGGAGUCCGGGCAAAAGUAAACACCUCCACGGAUGAUGUGUUUAUGGAUGCGCUAGACAGUAUUUCCAGUUCCGAUGAGUUUGACGCCAUCGCUUCCCACGACUCCAAGAAGGCCAAGCUAAUCAAAGAUCUCGACACCGAGGAUAAACAAGCUGCCAACGAUCUCGAAGAGAUUUCGUCCGAUGAUGAUGAUAUCCUUAAGGACGAGAAAGUUGAUAAACCAGAGAAACCCAAGGCGGACAUCAUAGAUUUAGACUCGUCGGACGAGUGUGUGGUAUGCGAAACGCCAACGGAGGUCGAGGAGUCGGUUGCCGAAGGAGAAGAUACCAGCGGAGUUACUAUUGAGAAAGGCUCAACGCAGGACACAAAGACUGUUGAAGAGGAUAUCUCAGAAGAUGAGCCUGUUCAAACUAACGAAGGAGAAGAAAAGUUGACAGAAGUUGAUAGACCCACGGAGUCGGCGUCAAUUGAAGACGAGGAGCAGAAGGUAACCGAAGAGGCAGAAGACUCACUGCUAUUCGAGGCCGAUGAGCCCAUGUUAGUCGAGGAGCAAGAAGAGUCCAAUAAAGCAGAAGAACUGCCAGAGGACAAGCAAACAGAAGAGCCCAAAAAGGCCAAGGAAGCGGAAGAACCGGAAGAGGUCAAGGAAACAGAAGAGUCAGGGGACGUUGGGGAAACGGAGGACAUUGGAAAGGUAACAGAGAAGGGGGAAGAAGCCAAAGUAACAGAAGAGGCCGAGGUGACAGAAACGUCGGAAGAGCUGCCAGAAAAGGAAGCAAAAAAACCCGAAGACGAAAAGGAUCUAGAAGAGCUAGAAGAGGCCAAGCCAACAGAAGAGCCCAUGGUAGUCGAGCCCGAAGAAUCAGAAACGGAUUCCAAAAAGGCGAGCCAAAUGGAGGUGGAGUUUCGAACUCAAACCCAGGAAAUGAACGACACCACGAUAGACGAUUUGCUAAUGGAGGCGGACACUGAAGCCGUUGGUAGCAAGAAAGAUAAAGUACCAGAUAAUGAACCCAUGGUUAUAUCAGAAAAUGAUAAGGAACCCAAGGUAAAUGGCACAUGCGAAGAGCCAUCCGAUGACCAUAAAAAGGAUUUGGCUACUGAGAAACAGGCUGUUGAAAAGGAAGCCAAAGAGACGGAGUCCGAUGACGAAGUAAUUUUCUUUGAGCCCCUCGAUAAGACCGAAAAGGGUACGAGUGCCGCAGAGUCAACGAAUGAAGAGCCCGAAAAACCUCAAGCGAAGGACGACGAAGUUGUCCUUGUCUCCGAGGAUGAGGACGAAGAACCGCAGGGAAAGGAAAUUGAAAAGGAAGUCCUUCAAAGUUCCGCGAAGGAAGCGUCUACCAAAGGACUUGCCAAUGAUUCCACGGCAGAAUCAAUUGGAGACAAGGACCUGCAAAUGGACAAUUCCGACAAUGCGUGCGAUCAGUUUGAGAAACUGAAGACCCACAACAAGGUUAAGUCCACUGCCAUGGAGGAUGGAAACAGUAAUUCCAGUAAUCUGUUGCGGCCCGCCGAGGACUCCGAGGAGUCGGCAGCGAAACGGGUGCGCCUCAGCACCGAUGAGAAAAUGGACCCAGAACUGGAGACUGAACUAGAAACACCCCCAAAGCCCAUCGGCGCGGAGGAAGACAAGAAGGACAUUACCAAGCGGAGCCAUGAUCACCUGGAUAACACUCCGGACCGGGAGGGGGAGAUUCCCAAUAAGAAACCUAAGACUGAAGACCUGGAAUCGAACAGCUCUAGCGAUGGCACGCUCCAAAUCGAUAUGGGUGGCCAGGAUGACAAGGUGGAGAUAAAGAAAGCAGAGGACGAAGAGAAACCCAAGCCAGCGCUCAAGCCUGCCCCGGAAAUUAAAAAGGAUGUUAAGCCGCUGCGCUUGGAGUUCUUCAAGGCAUUCCGCCGCAGCAUCGACACAAUGUCCCGCGAUGAUCUCGAGGAGCUGGUGCUGCAGAAGGUCGUCGAGGCGAUGCUGGUCAAAAGUGACUUCGCCGAAAUCCGUAUGCAGCUGGAUAAAUGCGAGAACACCCUGACCACGUACCGUCGCAAGAUUGCCGAGGUUUCAAAGCAGUUCCUCGACUUGGAGACGGUGCACAAGCGGGUGCUCAAGGAUCUGGAGGCCAAGAAUUCGCACUUCACUGCUCCUGUGCGAAUAACGCGAGCGGUUGGCCUUCAGGUGGGCAUUCCGUUCAAGGCCAUGAAGCCCACGGUCGCUGCUCCGGAUCAGCCGCAUGCUGCAGGCAGUAUGUUGGCGCCGCCCAGCGGAACACCUCCCAAGGCCAGCACAUCUCCGAUGCGCUCGCCCAUGCGAGCCAGGCCGCCACCACCUGCCUUCGGACCCUCCUCAAGCUCAGCCGGUGCGGGUCCGGUCACUCCGAGUCCCAAUUCCCAGCAGCAGCCAGCGCGUUCCACCGCCAACUCAUCUCAAUCCCCGGCAGCAGCGACCACGCCCACGCCCCCUGUUCGCAGGGGCUGCCUGCAGAAGGUCACGCCCCAGCGACCGGGACCCGGUAACAUCCUGCCCGUGCCACAGAUCAACAAUCAGGCCAACGUUCACCGCCUGCAGACCUCACCGCCCAGUGGCCAGAGGACCAUGCACGCCUCCAAGCACACCGGAACCACUGCCUCCAUGGCGGCUUCGGUGGCCAAGGCCGCCAUGCGGAACCGGAACUCUGCCCCCGCCUACGUGUCCCAGAAACAGCAGCAACAGCAGCAGCAACAACAGCAGCAGCAGCAGCAGCAACAGUACCAAACACCUCGUCCUGGUCCUGGUUCCACGCCAAGUGCGACUCCGACCAAACAGGCUCCCAAGUGCACAACGAAAGUGCGCGCCCAGCAGCAGCCGCCGCUUUCUGGGGCCACGGUCUCUGUGCCAAUGUCAUCUGCCGGCGGCAGUGGAGCGGGAACUGUGGGCUAUGGCCAGCAGCAGCAGCCCAGCUUGGCGCCGGCCAAGCCCAAGGAUAAGGCGGUCAUCGACCUGACAGACGAGGAUGAUGCAGCGGCGGCGGCCGCCGCGAAGGCUGUGCAGGCACAAAUUGAGGCGAACGCUCGUCUGCGCCAGGCAUCCAAUGCGGCGGUCAAGCGGAAUGCUCAGGCUGCAGCGGCGACGAGAGGAGGUCGUGGAGGCGCCAGUGUGGUGCGAGCGUCUCCAAUGCAAUUGGGACGCGUUAAUGCCCGACAAAUUGUCCAGAAUAAUGGAGGAGGUCAGCGAAGUUCCCUAGGCUCAAACGUAACCAUGCAGAUCCGCUCGGAGAAUACCCCGCCGGCUGCCUCUCGUUUGAGAUACUCUCAUCCUGCUCCGUUGCCCUCGUCUCCUGCCCAGCCAUUCAAUCCCGCCUGGAAAGUGCCUCCUUCUCGCCCCGUAAUCCGGAUCAAUCUGCUGGACACCGGCAUCGUCAUCUCCUGGACGCUCGAAGAUACUAGCCCGCGGUUCGCCGACUGUGUAACAUACCAGAUCUAUGCGUACCAAGAGACGAUCCACGAGCCAAGUACGGACAGUUGGCGGCACGUGGGCGAUGUCAAUGCAAUGCUGCUGCCCAUGGCCGUAACGCUAAAUCAGUUCCAGGAAAACCAGCGGUAUUAUUUCGCGGUGAGGGGCGUAGACAAGCACCAGCGAUUCGGACCGUUCAGUGUUCCCAAGACAUGGUCGUAAAUGGAUUUCGGUGCCCAUUGGCCUGGCCUCUUCCUUAGGUGUAGACUGUAGCUUUAGUGACCCACAUGUAAUUUAUUUAUGCUUUUAUAACGUAUUAGUUUCGAUAGCGACAGUACUUCGUCUCUCGAAAUUAUCCUGAAUUAUGAGUUUAGUUUUAAGUUUUAAAGAGAUUUUCGAAGGAAUUCUUAAAGGAAAUAAAUAAUUACGUCAAGCAGCCAGUCCUCUGCAGCUAAGAGUCAGUCAGUAACGAAAAAACACAAUUGUAUUUUCUUCACAUUAGUUUUUCACUAUUAAUUAAGUUUAAAACUUACAAGAAACAAUAUACAACAUUGAAUAAACAUCAAAUGCGGAAAAUAUUGAUUGUA